ACAGCAAUAACAAAUCGCCAAAAAGGAUGCCCGGAAGCAGGUAAGUUGAAAGGUCGCUGAACAGCUGAGGUACCAAUGAUUCGCGCUCUGGGUGAGUUUGCAGCCUUAAUUUGUGCAACAAUCAGGCCAUGGAAAGCGUAAGGUCCUUGGGGAGCAUAUUACGAGUCGUGCAAGCCAGGGCCAACCCUGUUGCAAGGAGACAUGCAAGUUGGUAGCCUUAAGGUCCUUACUGAUAAUUGUGUUAAUCAGCUUUGUAAUCAGCUUUAAGAUGGAAAAGGCGGUUGGAAUUUGCGAAAGUUUGCGGACAGGUCGCGCCCCCCUGGCAAUGCUCCUCAUCGUUCCCGAGCUGGGAGCUCCAUCAAGCACAAGAGCUGAGAUCAGUUGGUGCUGCAACGUCCACUGCCAAUCGCACCCCAAAGCGCGACGGGCGCCGAGCUCACAGCUCGCCUCUCCCGCGGUACUUAUAUGUGCUUUGGGCCACACGCUUACAGCUCUUAUCUUCGAGCUAGGAGCUCGCUUUCACAGUCGCGCCGACUACUAAUUUGCGUCCUCCGCACCACGCGACCCCAAGCUGACAGCUCAUAAUACACAUAUAGCGCUGAAUAACAAUGACAAUAGCUCUGACCGCGGUCAACAACGGGCCCGGCAAGCAACUGCGAACAUCCCUCAGUGUCACGAGGGGUCUUCAGCUUCAAUCAGCCGCACCACUCACGUCGCGGUGCACCACGUGCAACGCCUGACGGAGCACGCGGAGCAGCAACAGGGUCACAGAAGCCUUUUCCAUCACGCCCGCGUCUUGGCGAUGGCAGCCCGCCCGAUGAUCCGCGGACCGGGUCGCUGGCGAGGGUCGCGGCAGAGGUUGGGCUGUCCACGGGAGGCGCGUCUCUCAGCAGCAUCCUCAAAGCGGCAGAGAGCGGCGGAGGCUCGACGGCGAACGCCACGGCUUCGUUCCUGGCGUUGGAAGCCAAAAAGGGCAAGUGACGGGGCAUGAUGCUGAGCUGGCGCCAGCAGCGGCAGGCUGCUACCGAUAGCCCGGCAGCAGCUGCUGGCGGCUCCGCAGCGGUGUCUGCUGCCGCUACUGGCUCCGGGGACUUCCCUGGGACCGCCGGCACAGCAGUGGGUCAUGCCGGCAGCAGCAAGCGUACCGCGGCGUGUGGCGCGGGCUGGGCGUGGCGGUCAAGAGCGUGCUGUUUCACCUGGAGCCGGGCCCUGGCGGCGGCGCCCGGGACGUCAUCGCGCAGCGGGCGGUGUGGGGGGCUGCCAUUGCCAUGCUGUCAAGCCAGUGCGUGGAUUGCACGCCGCCCUGCCUGCACGCUGAGGAAGUCCACACACCUCCUGGGCACGCCCAGCUCCGCCGCGUUCUCCACCAGCUGCCCGUACGCCUCCGCCCACCGCUCCAGCACCUCGGCCGGCACGCCGCCACUGCCCCCGCCACCGCCCGGCGCUGCAGCCACACCCGCGGCCGCGCCGGGCGCACCCGGGAGGUGGUGCGAGACGCCGUCGGGUGUGCCGUUCAUCAGAGCGGGGCUGUGAGGGCGCCCGCAUCGCCCCCAGCGACCCCACUGCGCCUACCGCCCCCGCCGCUCCUAGCGACCCCACCAGACCCCACCGCCCCCACCGCUCCCAGCGACCCCAUCGGCCCUUGAGCCCCCCACCGCCACCACUGCUCCUAGCGACCCCACUCGACCCCAAUGCGAAGGGGGCGUUGGGCACGUCGGAUCGGAUGCAUGCAGCAGUACGAGUGCUAAAUGUGACCGCUGCGCAGGCCUGUGAGAUCCCUUUCUGCAAUACAUGCGCCCAUGAUGCUGGAAAGGCGUGGCAGGUACCUGUGCGCAUGUACUUGUGUGAAUUGGUGCCAGAUGCUGACACCUGUAGAACACAUUAGAGCAGCCUUGAAGCACGCUAAAAGGCCUUUGGUACGUAUACGUAGUCAGCCUGUAAAGCUGUUACGUGUGCCAAUGAUGCUGAAAAGGCGUGUCUGUACCUGAAAUUCUAUUGCGGCGGGCGCGGCGGGGGCGGCGGGUCGGGGGGUGGUGGCUGAGGGCAGCCUGCUGCACCGGGUCCAGGUCGGUGGCGUUUGUGUAUGUGUGUGUAUGUGUAUGUAUGUGUGUGUGGGGGGGGGGGGGUAGAUGCCGGCCCAAUCUAGGGGGGAGCGAGAGAGGCCCACACGGACUCAAGUAGUAAUCGGAAGCUAGGGGCAUGGUGGCAUGGGCGGUGGCAGGGUGGACGGAACCCUGAUAGCAGCAGGCCCCGAUGGCCCCUACUUGAUGCGUGUCCUUCGCCAGUCCGCUCCACCCAUACUCCCUCCUCACCGCCCCCACUGCACCAGGUGUUGGAGGUGGGUCUGGACGCCUGCCUGGCCGCUAGCUGCCUGGCCCUGCAGCAGCUGGCGGAGCUGAGGCAGCAGCAGCGGCAGCGGCACCAGCAGCGGGUGGAGCAGCAGGCGCACGCGCUGGCGCCGGCAUGCCCACUGCCUCCAGCUACUGCCACUGCCGCAGCAGCAGGCUACGUCGGGUCGGGUCGGGUUGGGCGCGGGGAGGGCGCGCCAGGCGCUGGCAGCAGCGGCAACACUGCUGGUCCCCCGGGAACAGUGCCCGCCGCAGCACUGGCAGCAGCGGCUGUAGCAGGAAGCCAGGACUGCAGCUUGGGUGGCACUGGCCGGCAGCAGGGCAGCAUCCGGACGCUGAUGCCGCCGCCUGACUCGCCGCCGCCACCGGGGCGCUGCGGUGACCCCACGUGCCCCGGCUGUGGGAGCGGCUGCGCGGUGAUGUGAAGUGACUCUAUCGAUAGACUGGUCGUGCUGUAUUGCACUAGGCUGGCCAUUGGCGGUGCCACGAGGUGAGGCAUUGUUUGGCACGCUAUGGCAUAUGGUGGCACUACUCCAGAGGCACGUGGUAUCCAGAGAUGUGUGCAUGAUAGGUGAGGCGACGAUGGGCCCGCAGCUCUAUCUAUAGGAAGAGUCCAAGAAUGGUGAUCAAGCCUAGUUGCUCUUGCUGCAUUCUUGCUGAGAUGCGUUCCGUGGCAAGGGCUUAGUGGCUCACGCUCUCGCCAUUGUCAUGCCCCAACGUGCGUGCAUGCCGCGUGGUGGGACAGUGGCC